CGUAGUGCUACCGUUCCCUAUAAAACAAGUCAUGCACAAAGAGAAGGGUCAUGGAGCGUUCUACUUCUCCUUUUUCCAUGGUACGCAGUGUUGCGAUCCUUGCUCUCAUAUGCUGUUCCUUGUCAUGCCCGGCAGCGGCCCGAGUUGCUCUUGACGGUGGCCGAGAACAAGGGAUACCUCCGCCGCCGGUGGCCGGGAACCCGGUGGAAGUUCCAAGUCCUGGAUUCCUUCCUCCGCCACCGCCGCCUGGGAGCCCUGUGAACACGCCGUGUCCUUCAACCCCUAAUCAUGCGACGCCAUUGCGACCCGCGUACGGGAACCCGGUGGCUCCAAGUCCUUCAGUGCCUAUUCCGCCGCCGCCCAUUCUCGUGGGCAGGAACCAGCUGGCGACUCCAAUUCCUUCAGUCCCUAGUCCUCCGCUGCCGCCAGUGCAGGUGCCGGUGAGCACACCGUGUUAUUCAAUACCUAUUCACGUGCCGCCAGUGCCGGAGAUGUCGGCACCGACACCACACCGCAAGACACUGCAACAUGUUGUUAAGAACAUCCGUUAAUUACACAUGAAACAUUGUCGCUCCUAUAGUUAUUGUGUGUUAUCUGUUAUGUAUGAUCAAUGAUGGUGCUAGUUAAUCAAGGUAAUAAAUAUGACAUUGCGUCGUUAUAAUCUUAAA